CUUCCUACUACUACUACCACGUCUAACAAUUCGAAGCGCAGUAAGCACUGAGGGCACGCUUGUGGGUUGCUCCUAUUUUCUUCGUCCACUCAACAUUACUUGUUUUGCAUCUGCGGUUCACCAUGGCUCGACGGAAAAAAGCGAAACCACGUGUGGCGACGGUCGCGCCGACAAGCUCGUCCAGAGGCACUGGAAACGCAUCCUCACGCGAGCGGGUCGCGUUGCGGACGGAUAUCGAGAGGAAGAAGACCAGUAACCUUUCUGAUUCGGGAGGUGAUAACGAGAACCAUGAGGUGAUCAGUGGCGGUGGGUUUGCCGAUCCAGGGUCCUCGAAUCCAUCCGCCGACUAUGCCCUUCAGGGAACUUCGAGUGAUCAAGUCGCAACGGGUAGAAGCCGUCAAACCCGAAGCACAAGUUUACCUUUGGUCAAUUACAAGGUUGACAGCGAUAGCAGUGAAUCCAGCCAGAUGAGCAUUGACAGCGAUUAUGUCGCUUCGGGCACCUCAAGUUCUCGUAUUAACAAGGCUGCCACUGGCAAGAAGAGGGUUCCUGUAGAUUGCUCUGGUGAUGAAGAGUUUGAAUCUGUGAAAAGACCGAAGGAGAAGCCUACGCCAAAACGCAUGAGGAAUUCUAUAACCAAGGGUAAUGGCAAACCUUCAACACCGGUGCCCGGAAAAAGAAAGGGGAGGGCUUUCCCCUUAAAGGACGACCUCCCAUGUGGUUAUGUGGCCCUUGGACCUUCACCAGAAUUUAAGUAUGUUCAGAAAGGGCCAUGCCAACGCAACAAAAAGUUACCGGAACAUUGUGAAGCUUGCAUCUCCAAGAGCGUCAAAACUGGUGGCUGUCGUUUCAGUGGGAUCCGUAAGUUCAAGUACGACUAUUAUGGGAGUGCGGAGUCGGAUCCCACCGACGCAGAGUUCUGUGUUGCCGACGAUCAAAUGUCCUUGGAACAGUUGUCCCAAGCAGAGGAUCAGCAGAGAGAAAUGGUUUUUAAUUCUGCGGAUGCCGAAACAAUUCUGCCGUUGAUUGGGGUGAAUUUGCUGGCGAAGCUUAGUUCUGAACUUUAUCACGAGGAAUUUCACAGCGGGAUUUUGAAGAAGACCAACCUGGAUGGUGGUCCUAGGCCGUUGGUCCGUCUGAAGAAGAUAACACUCAGAACCAUUUGUGAUAUUUGUUCGACGACGACCUUGUUUGGAACAUACUUGUCUGGCUGUUGUGGUAGGGAGAUUUGUUUAGAUUGUUGGACUGAAUGGACACCAGUGGUCAAAGACGGCGAUCCGACAAUGCCAGAUAAAUGUACGAACCAAAGACUCCACAACAAGGACUCGUUUUAUUUCGCUACGCGAGCGUACCCUGGGGAGAUAAAGUUCUUCAUCUCUAGCAUUAGAGCGUACCGAGAUAGGGUCGGUCUCAAGCCCAAUGACGACAAUCCAGUACCGGAUAUUCCUAUCAAUACCCCGAUUCAUCCGGGCGAAAAGGGGCUUGUUUAUCUUGGCACGCCUACUGACUUUGAGGAAGCUGUAUCGAAGGUACAAUUCCAAACUCUCUGGAAAAAGGGAGGAAUUCCCCUGGUGAUCAAAGGUUUAAAAAAGAAAUUUACCUUGCCUUGGGACCCAGAAUUCUUUAUCGAGAUGUACGGUGGUAAACCCUGUGCAAUCACCGAUUGUGGAACAGGUCAGGUGGGGGUGUCGACGGUGGGCGACUUUUUCAGAGACUUCUCCAAAACAGAUGUUGAGGACACAGGUACAUUGAGGAGUCUGAAAUUAAAGGACUGGCCGCCGGAGUCUGACUUUAAGGACGAGUUCCCCAAUCUAUUUGCCGACUUUGAGCGGGCUCUGCCAUUCCCAGAAUAUACCAAUCGAGAUGCGAGCUUAAAUCUGGUUUCGAGGUUACCGGCUGACUGGACGAAGCCAGACCUUGGCCCAAAGAUGUACAAUGCCUACCCGGCCCCAGAUUUUAUUCCUGUCAAGAACGGUCCACCAAAUCCCGUUAAAGGCACUACGAAUUUACAUUUUGACAUGACUGAUGCAGUGAACAUCCUGGUUCAUCAAAGCGGCGGACCUACUCCUGCUGCUAAUAAGCGAUGGAAGGAAGUUUACGGAUAUCCGAAGUGUGGGGCUAUUUGGGAUAUAUUUCCUCCAGAAAGCUCUGCGGCCAUCCGUAGAUUUCUCAAGAAGCGGGAUGCGUCUGUGGAUGAUCCCCUAAAUCGCCCCCUUUUUUACUUGACCGAGGAGGACUUAAUUGAGCUUGGGAAACCCGAGUACAAUGUUCGCUCAUACCGUAUCUAUCAGUCCACUGGAGAUGCUGUCUUCGUCCCAGCUGGUUGCCCCCACCAGGUGCGGAAUAAGCAAUCUUGCAUAAAAGUCGCUGUUGACUUUUUUUCGGCCGAGAAUGCAGCGGUAUGCACCGACCUUCUUGCGGAUUUUCGGGCUCUGGCAAAAGCCACUACCAAGAAAGGUGGAAUGCGCCUGGUUGGCAAACGUGACGACGUCUUGCAGCCAUAUAAUUGUCUGCUCUUCAAUUGGAUUAGUCUUACUGGAGUGAGUUUUGAGCGCGCCGUUAAGACUCAUAAAGUCGAUCUAGCGAAUGGUAAACUCAUUGAUGAGCCCAGUGAUUCUGGCAGUGAGCUUACAGACCUGGAUGAGAUUGAGCACGAGGAUUUUAUGUUAGAUUAUGAUCUAAAAUCUUCAGAGCAGAGUGUCUCUAUUCAAGAGGACUCUGGUGUGGGGGCGGAGUCUCACCGGGGAAACCGGAAACGGGCUGGCCUUUCCAAUUUGGACGGAGAUGCCGCGCCAAUGACAAAUUCCAAACGGGUUAAGAAAGAGCAUGUUCCCUCUACCACUGGCCAGAAGAAGGCCAAUCAACGGGGUUCCACAGCAGAGCUUGAUAGCAAUUGUGACGAUGACGAUGUAGAUGCUCCUCAGCCAAGAGCCAAGCGGGUCAAGAGGGUGUCUGUUCGGGCUCCUCACAAGAGAAGAAAGGUCAAGGGUCAGGUAGUUACUGAAGUCUCUACUUUGGAGGCACUUUCGCCAUCGGGGUCGGAACUGGGGGUAAGAACGGUGGGGCCGGGGCUGCAUCUCACAAAACUCUGAACACAUCCACCGACCCCAAUCAGGGGGAAGCUCACCACCCCCUCGAACUAGAACUCUCUGGUUAAGUCGGUAUUCCUACUACGAACGGCGAAGACAAUUAAUCGGCCGCCUCCGCCACUGCUACUUAGGAGACUUGACUCUAAAAAAACGCCUCUUUCCUGUGUUUACCGGUUUCGUUCUCCACUUCCAUGACCCUCUACUUGCGCUGGACUAGCGGUAGUUACAGGGCAUAUCGAUCUUAAUUUUUUGCUGGAAUAUAUAUUUGAUUCAUGUUUGUUUGUACCCAUUGGUCGUGUUGUUUUUGCAUUUGAAAUUCUCUCCAUUUUUCUCCGCCUUUUACUCAUAGCUUAACUGGUCACUGUGCAGGGUUCUCUUUUCUCUUCCUGGCUAAUCCCUUUAAAAAGAGAUGGACACUAUAUGUACGUUGGAUAGCUAAGUUUGUUUGGGGAGAAGGAAUAGGAGUACAAGGCUG